ACCAUUUCCUACACAAAUCGGCCUAACAUUGACUCUUCUUUCCAAUUGUACCACCAGAAGGUUGCACUGCUUUCCACGCUAUGGCACAUGCAGAAGAAGAAGUACAUCAACACUUUAGUUUCAUUGACCCUUGGUUCGAUUGUGACUACAAAUUCCUGAACUUUGAUGCCCAAGUUUCCCUAGAUUUCCCCAGCCAAGAAGAUCAAUAAUGCAUGGUGCAGUUGAGGGUAGUUGUGCCAGAGCAUCUGCGAUACCAUCUCCAAUUCUAUUGCGGGUGUCAUUUUGGGUUCUGCCGGAAUUUCGCCAGCCCCAAUUCUGCUUGAUUUCCCUAACAAAUCCCCCACCCGAAGUUGGAAUCUUUGAAUUCUGCAAGCAUACUUCUGGUGAAACUCCACUGGCUUCGUUUUGGUGUGAUGCGGACACCAAUAAAACUCCUAAGCCACCCAAAGAGAUCCUUGAUGACCCCAUCACCUUUGAUUUCAGACCCUACAUGCAUUCAACCUUCCUGGCUGACAGAUUCAACUAUACAUAUGCGAGCCACAAGCGCCUCACUAGACUUCCCAAUGCUAAUCUCCAUUGUCGUCUAAAAGCUCAUCCUGAAACGGAUUAUGAAGCAGCCGUUGCCCCACCUUGUUGCAAGCGUGAGAUAACUUCAUUAAGGAUGUGCAUGAUGGUGAGAAUCAUGAUGCUCCAAAGAUUUCACUCAGCUCCAGUGACUAGCAAUGGAAAGGAAACAACAAGAAAUGCAUUCGGUGGACCAAUGCCACUAGGUUUCCAAAGGGCUCCAGUCAAAACGUGCUCUGAAGAAGACAUUAAUGGUGGAAACCAUUUCUACACCAAUUGCAGAGAAUAUUGACAACAUUAUUGCUGAUUGAAACCAAGUAGAUGAUGAUCAUACUCCCGGAAAGGAUCUUCCUGUUGUAUUGGCAGUCCAGGAGUCCGUUUCUACUCAAGUAAUUUUGCCUUUGGACGGUAUGGGGAUAGAAAGAUGUGGACCAUCAUCAUUUUCAUUUCUUUUUCCCUUUUUUCACUUGUCUGCUUCCAAGAAAUAGCAAUAAAUGCAGUUAGUUGCC